AUGUCUUUUUCCCACUGUCCGUCACCGUUACCCACCGUCACCAAACUUCAAGUAGAUUGCGUUACUUUUCCACCGUCCGUCAUCUCACCGGCAUCCUCCAACCCCCUCUUCCUCGGUGGCGCAGGUGUGCGAGGUUUGGAUAUACACGGAAAGUUCGUGAUCUUCACCGUCAUCGGAAUUUAUCUAAAUCCUGUCGCCCUCCCAUUACUUUCCGUUAAGUGGAAAGGCAAAACGUCAGAGGAGUUAACGGAAUCCGUCCCCUUUUUCCGUGAUAUCGUCACAGGUUCGUUUGAGAAAUUUAUUAAGGUGACGAUGAAGCUGCCGUUAACGGGACAGCAAUAUUCAGAGAAAGUAACAGAGAAUUGUGUGGCGAUUUGGAAAUCGUUAGGUAUUUACACAGACUCUGAAGCUAAAGCUGUUGAGAGGUUUUUGGAAGUCUUCAAGGACCAAACGUUCCCUCCUGGUGCUUCCAUCCUCUUCGCUCUCUCCCCUAACGGCUCUCUCACGAUUGCGUUUUCGAAAGACGAUUGCAUUCCUAAAACCGGAAAAGCCGUGAUCGAGAAUAAGUUGUUAGCAGAGGCAGUUCUUGAAUCGAUCAUAGGAAAGAAUGGUGUGUCUCCUGGGGCUAGGUUGAGUCUUGCCGAGAGAUUAGCUGACCUGAUGAAGGAGAACAAGGUCGAAGAAGAUGCAACAAAAACUGACCAAGAGAAAGCUAACGAUCUCCCCCUUGGAGAUAAGUUGGCCAAAGAGAACUGA